UUGUUUAAUAUUUGGGUCUGCGUAAUUUGAUUGUGAUUAAAGGGAUGCACGAAUUUUUUUAAGUGGCAAAAUUUAAUGUUUACGGGAACUCUUCUUCUUCUUCCUCAGAUCCAAAGAACUUGACUCUUCUGUGUUCACACUCUCUUUUUCUUCUCUUUGAAUCUUUUGUUUUCCCAAUUCAUCGCUAAGAAACUGAAUCACAAGUUUGUAUUUUUCCUUUUUAGCUCCUUCAACUUUCCCAGGUUUGUGUGUUAGAAGUAACCAAGUUAGAAGAUCAAGAAUGGGGGGAACGCCAAGAAGAGGGCAGAGAUCAAAGGGUAUAAAGGUGAAGCAUUGCAUUCAGUUGACUCUGUUGCUUAGUGUGGGAAUAUGGCUGCUUUAUCAAAUGAGGCAUUCACAUGAGAAGAAAGCUGAGUUUAGAGAGGGUUCUAAGGUUCUUGUUGAUGGUAACAAUGUUGUUAAGCUUGGUAGGAAAGAUCUUAACCCGAGGGUUGAUGAGAGGACCAAUGUGAAGGAAGAAGUGGAUGAUGAAGAAGGGAGCAAGAAUGAGGAAGAGAGUUUUAAUGGUACUGAUAAGGAGAAUGUUGAUGAGAUUGUGGAGAGGGAGGAGGAACGAGGUGAGGAGACAACGGUACAAGGAAGUAACAGCGACAAGGAAACCGAAGGUACAGGGAAUGAAGAGGGGAAUGAGGAUUCAAACAAUGGAGAAAGUGAGAAGGUCGUUGAUGAGAGUGAAGAAGCUAGAGAGAAGAAUUAUAAGGGAGAUGAUGCGUCGAGUGAGGUAGUUCAUGGGACGAUUGAGGACAAGAGCAGUGAAAAGGUUGGAGUUGAGGAAGAGAGUAAGUCGAACACUACUGAGAGUGUCAGUUUCCAUGAAGAUGAGUCAGGUCCAAAGAUUGGUGAUUUGGAGGGUUCUGUUAUUAAACAAGUUUCUUCCAACACAACAGAGAAUGGGGAGAUUGGUAGUGAUGAUGGUGAGCAACAAGAAACAAAGGGUGAGACUGAUUCAAAGACUGGUGAGAAGUCAGAAGGUGAGAAGGGGUUUUCUGACUCCAAUGGUCAGUUGCCUGAUGAGACUACCCAGUCAACUUCCAAUGCAACUGAGACUACAGAAUCUUCGGGGAGUGAUGAGUCGAGUGGGAAAUCCACUGGUUAUCAACAAACGAAAAACGAAGAAGAUGAGAAGGAAAAGGUAGAAUCUUCUGAACACUCAUCUGUCGAGGAAAGCAAAAUCAAAGAAUCCGAGAAGAAGGAGAAACAAGAGUCAUCGUCCCAAGAGGAAAGUAAAGAGAAAGAACCCGAGAAACCGGAGAAGGAAGAGUCUUCUUCUCAAGAGGAAAGUAAAGAGGAACAACCUGAGAAAAAGGAGAAACAAGAGUCUUCAUCUCAACAAGAGAAUGAAAUCAAAGAAACUGAGAAAAAGGAGGAGUCUUCCUCUCAAGAAGAGAAUGAAAUCAAAGAAACUGAGAAAAAAGAGAAGGAAGAGUCUUCCACUCGAGAGGAGAAUGUAAUCAAAGAAACUGUGAAACAGGAGAAUGAACAGUCAUCAUCUCAAGAGGAGAGUGCAAUAAAAAAAACUGAGAAAAAAGAGAAAGAAGAGACUUUGUCCCAAGAGGAGAAUGAGAACAAAGAAACCAAAGAAAAGUCUUCAGAAUCUAAGGAAGAGGAAAUCACCAACAGUGAGAAGAAAAUUGAACAGGUUGAAUCUACUGAUUCUUCAAACACACAGGAGAAGAGUGACGAACAAAAAAAUGAUGAAAGCAAAAGUGAAUCCGGUAAUGGAAAUGACAAUUCAGAUUCUGAUAAGAAAGAAACAAAGGAUGAUACUUCAAAAACAGAGUCAGCGAAAGAGGAAAACAACAAAAAUGGUGAAACAGAGGAAAUCCAUAACAAUCAAGAACAGACAAAGUCUAGUGUGGAUGAUAGUCUCCAUCAACUUCAAGAGGUCAAGGAUGCUCGAACUGAUCUCGAAACUCUUUCCAAAUCAAGCAACAGAUUAACCAGCAACAUAGUUGCAGCUGAGUGAUGUUUCUUAAAGAAAUGAAGUUGUUAUGUUUUAUAUGCAUAUUCUAUACUUUUCAUCAUAUGACCGGGCCUUCAAGUCCCAAUCAGUAGUAUUGAGUUUUUGAUAGUAAUCAAUACAUACUCUUUAAAUCUAGUUCUGAGAAGUUUCCAUUUUUA